UGCAUCCUGGAGAGGCAGUGCAGGAAAGUCUUCACAGAAGGCUGGUUAACCAACUUGCUGCAUCCAGAACUAUUUAUAAAACAACUCGGGAGGCUGGAUUGGUCUGCACUGACCUCCCAGGAGGACCACGGGCUGUGCUCCACCACGGUGCCAGCCAGGAACGAGACCGGCUCCCAGGAAACAAGUCCGUCUCGUCAUGGGAGCCAUGUUCCCAGUUCUGAAGUUCUUGAAGCAAUAGAAAAUGUUAUUCUAGAUGUACUUACAAGCUUGGCCCAAAAAAAGGCACCUGUGCUCACACUGGCUAACAGAUCAGAUUGGAGGAAUAUAGAAUUUAAAGAUUCUGUUGGUCUACAGAUGAUACCAUGUUCUACUACAAAAAAAAUAAGAAGUGACUGCCCUAAAUCAGCACCAAAAUUUGCUCUGAUGCUCAAAAUUUUAUCUAUGAUCUAUAAGAUGGUGCAGAGCAAUACUUAUGCAACUAAAAGAGAUAUAUAUUACACAGAUACACUACUGUUUGGCAGCCAGAGUGUUGUGGACAAUAUAAUCGAUGACAUUUCUUGCAUGCUUAAGAUACCUCGGAGAAGUCUACAUAUAGCAGUCACUGUGCCAUCUAAUGUUGAAGGAAUUAAAAAUUUAAUCUCACAUGCAAAAUUUAUGCUAAUUGUAGAAAAAGAUGCAACUUUUCAGAGACUCUUGGAUGAUGACUUCUGCAAUAAAUUGACGCCAUGUAUAAUGAUUACGGGAAGAGGCGUACCGGAUCUUAACACACGACUUUUGGUCAGAAAGCUGUGGGAUACAUUUCAAAUUCCUAUUUUCACCCUUAUGGAUGCAGAUCCACAUGGUAUAGAAAUAAUGUGCAUCUACAAAUAUGGAUCUGUGUCAAUGUCUUUUGAAGCCCAUCAUCUCACCGUUCCUUCUAUAAAGUGGCUUGGUCUUCUCCCAUCUGAUCUCGAGAGAUUAAAUAUAUGCAAGGAUGCCCUGAUUCCACUUACAAAACAAGAUCAAAAUAAAUUAGCAAGUAUACAAAAGAGACCUUAUAUUGCUCAUCAGCCAAUGUGGAAAAGAGAGCUGGAAAUUAUGGCAGCAUCUAAAAUGAAGGCUGAAAUUCAAGUUUUAACUUCUCUUUCAUCAGAUUACCUUUCCAGAGUCUAUUUGCCAAACAAACUGCAAUUUGGCGGAUGGAUAUGAAAGCUUGUUUGCAAGCGAACUGUUUUCUUGAAACUGAUUUAUCUUGUAACAAGUGCAUAAAAAUACUGCUUUUCUGUGUUGAAUGAUCUUAGGAAAUCUGCAAAGAGAAACAGGGGUUUGUUUCAGUCUCUUGUUCAUUUUCUUUAUCAUUUUAUCUAGCAUAUAAUUUUGAUUGUCUCUUUUUCCCCUUUCAAACCACAGAAGAAAUGACAACUCUUUUACUGUUUCUUCCGUUCUGUGGCUACUGCACUGUAACAAUUCCAAAGGCAAUGAGAGAUGCAUAAAAAUGUAUUUCAAUAUGUUAUUUGUAGAGAGAAAACAUUAAGUUACACAACUUAAAAAUGUGUCAAGGGCUAGCUGCCCCUUCUGUCUUAAAGCACAAUCAAAUGAUGCUAUUAUACCAUGCUUUUCAUUUUUGUAGAGAGUAAGGGACUUUGUUAACAAUUUAUUGUAUGUGUCUGCUGUUAGAAAUUAUAAGUACAGAACUGUGGUAUUUUGUGUUCACUGAAUUUAGACUGAAAAGUCAGCAAUAGUUCUUCUUUACUGCAUAUCUCAAGCAGCUGCAAAUGUUCUGAUAACCAAAUUACUACCUUAUCUUCCUUCAGUGAACAAGCAACCAGAUGUUAUUGAUUAGAAUUUAAUAAACAAUCCUGUUAAUAAUGUACGUUGUAACAGAAUCCUUUGUUCCUUUGCUCUGUUUAGUUGGCUCUAAAACAAUAAAAAGGACCAGAAAAUAGUGACUAAAGUGUAUAUUAAAUGCAUUUUACAUGAAGAAAGCAAAUUGACUGAAUAUAAAAUACUUUCAUUAGAUCAUACCAAUUCUGCAAAGUGUUACACAGUCAUCAGCAAAUAUUUUCAGUAGACAUCUCUAGUGUGGUUUUAACUAUUGCUCCACUGGUGUUAAAUUUAAAAGGAAUAAAAAGGAAUUUUAAUUUA